AUGGCAGUAGAGCAUUCGAGGCUAUUCGAAACGAGCUCCUUCGAGGUCCACUUGGCGCCGACGGGGCGCGAGCUGGUGCAGGCGCUGCGGGGCCUCCUCAUGCAGGCGCACUGGCACACAUUCACCGUGCUGGCGGACCAGGUCUCGGCCACGGCGCUGCGACGCCCCGAGCUGUGGGACGCUCUCGCCGCGGCGCCCCUACACCCCUCCCUGGUGAGCCUGCCGUCGCCGCUGCGGCCGCAGAAUUUGUUCAGGAAAUUAGCCGAUAUCUCACGAUCUACAAGGGGGGUUGUAACCCUCAUGAGCGACCGAUCGAGCGCCAUUAGGAUCCUGGACGACGCUAAACGUCUAAAUAUGAUGGACGGUCACUUCGUCUGGCUCUGGAUCGACACCGCGGCUACCAUCAACCUGAAAAACGUUACGGACGACGAGAGGGACCUCAGGGACAAACCGGAGGAGCGAGUCAGACGCAGCAGUAGCUUAGGGCAAAGUGAUAUAAGUGAUAUGCACAUAAAUUAUUUGUUAAAAAACGACCAGUUUCUUUUGUUUAGUCGUACUCAUGGCGUUGAAAGUUCUAAAUUAAAAGACCAAGACCGCCGGUCUCAACACCGCCCGCGCGCCGGCGGGUCCGGCGAGAGCUCGGGGGAGCUGCCCGCGGGGCUCCUCAGCCUCAAACCGCUUUCCGUUAAAGUGGAUAGACACCUGGUUAAGGGUGCCGUAAGGUUGUUAGUCGCGGCUCUAAAACUUGUGAUAGGACGAUCACCUGAGUGGAUGUUGAACAAUUUCGUGAACGGACACCUGACCAAUAACUGCUGGAAGAAUGUGGCCAUCAAAGAAAAUAGUUUUAUAAGCGAAUUCGCAAGACCCAACCAAGAUGAACAUCAAGGCCGAUUUAGGGGUUCUAAUAAUUGGUCCGCCUCCACAGAGUCUAGCCCGAGAACAACCGAGGCAAGUCAAAGAUUCCUAGCUAAGGCUAAGGAAGUGUACUCGAAAGGCACUAAGUACAGCGUAGGAAUCUUUCAUAUAGUGGGACUUUAUCAUAUAACAUAG